UAAACCCCCAAAGCCUUCUUCUUCUUCAAAUCUAUCUCUCCCUAUCGAUCUAUUUCGAUCAUCUCUCUCAUCAAUUCCUUAUUCUUUAAUUUCUUAUUCUUCUUCUUCAAAUAUUUCUUUUAAUCCAAAAGAAAAUCAACAUUAAGAAUAAUGGUUAGCGCCGGAUUAGUUCGUACCAUUGUUGGUAUCAUCGGGAAUAUUAUCUCAAUCGGACUCUUCCUCUCGCCAGUGCCGACGUUCGUAAGAAUAUGGAGGAAGAAGGACGUGGAGGAUUUCCAGUUUUACCCCUACGUAGCGACGGUGUUGAAUUGCAUGCUGUGGGUGUUUUACGGGCUCCCGAUAGUGAAGCCGGACAGCAUUUUGGUGGUCACCAUUAACGGCGCCGGCCUUGUCAUUGAACUCACUUAUUUGGCCUUUUUCUGCUACUAUGACAAGUACAACAAGGGAAGGAAACAAGUGGGGCUAUAUCUAUUGGGAGAAGUGUGUUUCAUGCUGGUGAUAAUCCUGAUAACUCUGCUGUGCUUCCACACCCACGACAAAAGGAGUUUAUUUGUUGGGGUUUUCUGCGACGUUUUCAACGUCUGCAUGUACCUUUCCCCUCUUCUCGUCGUGAGAAAGGUUUACAGAACAAAGAGUGUGGAGUAUAUGCCAUUCUCUCUCUCACUUGCCAGCUUCUUGAAUGGCCUCUGCUGGUCAGCUUAUGCUUUUAUCAAAGUCUUUGAUAAAGUCCUCUUGAUUAGCAAUGGUCUUGGAGCUUUAUCUGGAGCAAUACAACUGGUGGUUUACACGUACUAUGCAUGGAUUUACACCCCACCGGAGGUCUUUACACUUACACCUUCCUCCAGUAUAUCACUGGCAGUCCUUAUCAAGAUCAAGAUCAAGAGUCAAAAGUGAGUGCGGCACGCACCUUUUUGUUUGUUUCGGAGCCGUUUUGGCGGGGCGUACUAAACCCACUACGUACCAAGCGGAUCCGUCACCUGCAAGAUAAGGUACGAAGCCCUCUGAAACUCAUUCAGAGCAACUUCGUACCUCUUUCGAAUGAGUUUCACUAUGUUACACUCAUUUGAAACGAAAUGAGUUGAACUCAAAACAAACAUAGUGUCACUAUGUUACACUAUGGUUACACUAUGUGAGUUGUGAGUUCAACGAAUCCUUGCAAGCUAGANCUUCCUCCAGUAUAUCACUGGCAGUCCUUAUCAAGAUCAAGAUCAAGAGUCAAAAGUGAGUGCGGCACGCACCUUUUUGUUUGUUUCGGAGCCGUUUUGGCGGGGCGUACUAAACCCACUACGUACCAAGCGGAUCCGUCACCUGCAAGAUAAGGUACGAAGCCCUCUGAAACUCAUUCAGAGCAACUUCGUACCUCUUUCGAAUGAGUUUCACUAUGUUACACUCAUUUGAAACGAAAUGAGUUGAACUCAAAACAAACAUAGUGUCACUAUGUUACACUAUGGUUACACUAUGUGAGUUGUGAGUUCAACGAAUCCUUGCAAGCUAGAGACAUUUUA